GUGGUGUUAGUGCUGGCGGGGCAGCGGCGGAGGGCAGCGUGCUGUCCUGCUCGCUACCAUUCGCCCGCGGGUCGGCGCGCUCACCUAUCCGAGCAGUGACUGGGGCUGCGGGGCUGCUGGGCGGCAAGGCUGCGGGGCUGCAGGCUCAGCCGCCGCCUGAGAAGCAGAGGCAACUAGUCCCAGUCCGAGAUGGAGAGAGGGCGAAGUUGACGGGUCCCCUACCCACGCUGCUUUCCUCCUGCCCCCAGGGGCUGCAGCCAGCUGUCUGUCGUGCUUGCUUGUUUGCCAAAGGAACCACUCCAGGAAGAAGACCCGGAGGGGAGUUGUUAGCCCAGGGGAUACCUGCAGCCCAGCCGAGGGGUUUGGGCGGCCUGGAUGCGCAGGACCCAAACCUGCAGCCGCUGACGGCGGGCGGCGGUGAAGUUUGGCUACUGAGCGGUGGGGCGGAGGGCCACUGGACAGCGGGCAGCCCGGCAGCCGUGACGGCGGGAGCGAUGCCGGUGGGGGGCCUGUUGCCUCUCUUCAGCAGCCCCGCGGGCGGCGGCCUGGGCGGGGGGCUCGGUGGCGUCGGCAGGAAGGGGUCAGGCCCCUCCGCCUUCCGCCUGACGGAGAAGUUCGUGCUGCUGCUGGUGUUCAGCGCCUUCAUCACGCUCUGCUUCGGGGCGAUCUUCUUCCUGCCCGACUCCUCCAAGCUGCUCAGCGGGGUCCUGUUCCACUCCAGCCCCGCCCUGCAGUCGGCUAGUGACCACAAGCCCGGGCCCGGGGGGCGCGCUGAGGACACCGCAGCAGCAGGGCGAGCCAGGCGCGGCGAGGAGGGAGCGCCCGGGGACCCCGAGGCCGCUCUAGAGGACAACUUGGCCAGGAUCCGCGAAAACCACGAGCGGGCUCUCAGGGAAGCCAAGGAGACCCUGCAGAAGCUGCCCGAGGAGAUCCAAAGAGACAUCCUGCUAGAGAAGGAGAAGGUGGCCCAGGACCAACUGCGUGACAAGGAGGUGCUAAGGAGGUUGCCCCCGGUGGAUUUCGUGCCGCCCAUCGGGGCGGUUGGCCGGGCACCAGCCGACGCCACCAUCUGCGAGAAGAGAGCAAAGAUCAAAGAGAUGAUGAAACAUGCCUGGAAUAAUUAUAAACGUUAUGCCUGGGGAUUAAAUGAGCUGAAACCUGUGUCAAAAGAAGGCCAUUCGAGCAGUUUGUUUGGUAAUAUCAAAGGAGCAACGAUAGUAGAUGCUCUGGAUACACUUUUUAUUAUGGAAAUGAAAGACGAAUUUGAAGAGGCAAAAUCAUGGGUUGAAGAAAAUCUUGAUUUUAAUGUGAAUGCUGAAGUUUCUGUUUUUGAAGUUAAUAUACGCUUUGUUGGUGGACUUCUCUCAGCCUACUAUCUGUCUGGAGAAGAGAUAUUUCGAAAGAAAGCAGUGGAACUUGGGGUAAAAUUGCUACCUGCAUUUCAUACUCCCUCUGGAAUACCUUGGGCAUUGCUGAAUAUAAAAAGUGGGAUUGGAAGGAACUGGCCCUGGGCCUCAGGAGGCAGCAGUAUUUUGGCCGAAUUUGGAACUCUGCAUUUGGAGUUUAUGCACUUGAGCCACUUAUCAGGAAACCCUAUCUUUGCUGAAAAGGUAAUGAAUAUUCGAACAGUACUGAACAACCUGGAAAAACCACAAGGCCUUUAUCCUAACUACCUGAAUCCCAGCAGUGGACAGUGGGGUCAAUAUCAUGUAUCAGUUGGAGGACUCGGAGACAGCUUUUAUGAAUAUUUGCUAAAGGCAUGGUUAAUGUCUGACAAGACAGACCUGGAAGCUAAGAAAAUGUAUUUUGAUGCUGUUCAGGCGAUCGAGACUCACUUGAUCCGCAAGUCCAGCAGGGGACUGACGUACAUCGCAGAGUGGAAAGGGGGCCUCCUGGAACACAAGAUGGGCCACCUGACCUGCUUCGCUGGUGGCAUGUUUGCUCUUGGGGCGGACGACGCUCCUGCAGAGCUGACCCAGCACUACCUUCAGCUGGGCGCUGAGAUUGCCCGUACCUGUCAUGAAUCUUAUAAUCGCACGUACGUGAAACUGGGACCAGAAGCCUUCAGAUUUGAUGGCGGUGUUGAAGCCAUUGCUACAAGGCAGAAUGAGAAAUACUACAUCCUACGGCCAGAGGUUGUUGAGACUUACAUGUACAUGUGGCGACUGACUCAUGAUCCAAAGUACAGGAAAUGGGCCUGGGAAGCUGUAGAGGCCCUGGAAAAUCACUGCAGGGUGAGUGGAGGCUAUUCAGGCCUCAGGGAUGUUUACCUCAAACAUGACAGUUACGAUGACGUGCAGCAGAGUUUCUUCUUAGCAGAGACACUAAAAUAUUUAUACUUAAUAUUUUCUGAUGACGAUCUACUUCCACUGGAACAUUGGAUCUUCAAUACCGAGGCACAUCUUCUCCCUAUACUCCGUACAAAUAAAAAGGAAGUUGAAGUCAACGAAAAAUAAAAAGACAUUUUACAUUUUACUCUGCUCCAUUCCUAUCACUGCAUACCUUAAUACUUCCUUUUCUGGUAUUCAGGCAUAUGAUGAAUUUUUAUUACUAGGUCUAUGAUUAUUCUGAGCUCUAAAAUUGUUUUGCAGUCUUUUUAUGUUUAUUAUCAUAGGCUUAGAUGGACUCCAAUUCCUUAUCAUAUCCUUUAUUAUUCAGCCAGUACAUCACAGAUUUUUUUAUUUUAUGUAAUCUAUUAUCUCUGGAGUUCAUGAAGGUAUGGCAUCAUUUUUAUUAAACUGAAUAGAAUGGUAUACCAACGACCUCUUAAUUACAGUUUUGAUUUGACUGCAAAACUUUAUCCUCCUCCAUGAGGAGAUGAUGUCUGCUUUAAGCUCUAAUGUUUUGCCAUGUUGCAAAAAGCCAUAAUAAAUUAAUAUUAAAAAAUCUUUUUUCUUUUCAAUUUCAUGUUAAUAUGGUUUGUCUAUCCACCAGAGACAGAUCUUAUGACUGUGACAGCCUCCUUAUGCGGGUCUAUCAUUAUUUGAUAGAACGUCUUCUAAAAUACUUCACUUACAUUUUAAUUCAAAAUAAAAUCAUCCCAAAAGGAUCAUCUCAUACUGACUACAGUGUAUUUUUUUUGUUGGUGAAUUAUAUUAGUGUUUACUAAUUUGUGAAUUACUUCUCAAACUUUACUUUAAAUGCCUUAUGUUGUUUCUGGAUCAUGUGCUGGUUAAUUUCUUCCAUUCACCAUCACACAGCAAAGUGAGCUUUCAAGUUUUACAAAUUUCUGCUCUUACUGAAUUAUCUUUUGUAAAGGGAAAUAGUAUCCCUCUCAGUGUGUUAGCUUUCACUUUUUACUAAAUACAUGAAGAAUUGGGUUUCGCUAGAGAGCGGGUGAAUAUUUCACAUGGUUUUUAAUUUGCAUUUCAUUGUUAAUUUUUUUCCUUGAAGAAAGUAUUACAUAUGGAUCAGAUUUUUCAAAGGGCCCUUUCUCUAAUGUAACAUUAUUUCAUUUCAGUUUACAAAAGCAGGAUUUAAUUCUGAAAGAAGUUUUGCCAAUGUAUCUAUUCAUGAUUAAUUGAGGAAAUCUAAUAAACUUUUAGAUCAAAUAAAAAGUAUAGUCUCUUUUGUCUGGUUAAAUUCAACAUAGAUAUCUCAGUUCAGAAGGAAUACACAGGAAUGGAUGUUCCCAGUCCCUUGCACUCCUAUAGCAGAUCAAAAUAAUUAUAAGGCUCUCCAAAGCAUUGUUUUGAAGUAUGAGUGGUUUUCCCAAGAAUAGAUUUGAUAGAUUUGGUGAUACCUUGUGCUUUCUUAUGUUGGAUCAUUAUAUAUAUUUUUCCCUUGAAAGGGCUAAUUUGAUGAUGUAUAUUCAGAGGUACAAAGACUUUAACCACCUGCGUAUUCAACCUACAGCGGUCAGAUAGAUGAGUGCAACCCCACGGACUAAGCUGAAGCAUAUGAAAUUGCUGCAGUAAUAGUUUAAAAACUAUCCAAUUUCAGCAAUUUCAUCCAGUUCAACUUAGUAUUUUUAAGACAAUUAUUUUCUGAGAUCUCUACAUACUUAAUUGUUUUAGCUAUUUCAGCUUUUAAAAGUGUUUCAAAAGAUUUCCUUUGUCUGAAAGGAACACCAUGUGUGACCUGCUCUUGUAUUGUACAUUGCUACACAAAAUAUAUGUCAAAGGAUAAAUUAAUAAAAUUAGUAAAUGAGAAAUAUCCAUUAAUACAUCAUUAUCGCCAUGCUAAUGUGUUUUGAGGCCUAGAAUAUCUUCCACUCAUAUCCUUGGCUCCCCUUACGAAAUGAAUGGAUAGUGAGAGUUCUUUCUUCCCAAGACUUAAAGGCAAAAUGUAAAAGAUUAUUGCCAAAAUGGGCCAUAUAUAUUUAGAUUAUAAUUUUUAUAUAAAUGUGCUUGGACUAACCAAUUUAAGUUCAUUUCUUUGCUCUUAAAUUUGAUUUGAAAGAGCACAAAUUUGAUACGUAUUGCUGCAGCAGAUAGGAUUUUAAUACCAGGUUUAUGUACGUGCUGCACUAUGAUGUGUCCGGGUAUAAAUGGGCGAAAGGAUCAUACUGCACUUUUUUCUGCCCAUAGCAAGAAUAAAGGUUUUUUCAGUUCUAGAACUUGGAUUUUUUUCACAGAAGUCCCAAAUAUCAAAUAUGUAAACAAGAUAAAAAAUUAAUAUUAUGGUGAUGUAAUUUAAUUAAAGUUAUAUUUUGUGUUAAUUAUUUUAAACAACUGAAGUCCUUAGUAGAUGCUGUCUUUCACUCAUUUUCAGCAAUUUCACCUAAAAGUUGAAUAAUUAAAACAGCACUUAGUUUUCUCUUUCUAUAUGUGUUUUUGGUAUGCUUUGUGCAAUUAAUAUUACACCUAUAAGUUCUAUGGCAAUGUAUAGGACUCUAUGGUUGUCAUUAACUCCUCCAUCUGUAUUACCCAUUCUUUACAAUGAUUGUUUUUGAUUUGUGCAUAAGCCCAUUCUGUCAUUUCCAACUUUCUAUAAAUCUUUAAUGGUAUGGGAAACAUAAUAGAUUGACAUGUAAUUUUUAAAGACUAUAUUUGUAAAAUUUCUCUAUUGUGAAUAAAGCCUUUUAAUAUA